AUGAUAUUGCUAGUGACCCAGCUAGUGGGGAAUGUGCUAUCUAUAAUGGCGGUGCUCUAUCAGAGGCGGUAUAACAAAUUGCAUAAAUCAGUUUAUGGUUUAUCUUAUGACUCAGCUGUACUUACUAUAGCAAGGUUAUCAGUUGAUUUAUAUACCUCCUUGAAUUACAAAUUCAAUAUAUAUGUCAGAACACAACUUUAUGCAAGAUUUCCUCUAUUUUAUAAAGAUUGGGAUGAUAUUCCAAUCUCUAUUUCGUUGCUGAUAACUAACGUUGGAUUAUUAAUAGCAUAUCUAUCUAUUUGGAAACAAUUGACUCUUUAUAAAGCAACGUCACACACUCAUCAGGGAGUUUCUAUGAUAUGUAUAGCUACAUUGGUGGUAUUUUUAGGGAUCACAGGUACCGCUACAUUUUAUUUAUAUUAUUUUAAUGCUCAUCAUUUCAUGUACCUUGAUCAUUUGAACAUUUUGUGGAUCAUGGGAAAUAUGAUAGGUAUGGUGACGUUGUGUCCUCAAAUAUGUAUUAAUUGGAUGGGUAGAUGUUGCUCAGGUAUCUCAAGUCGGUAUAUCCUCACGUUGUUUGUCGCAGAUUGUAUAAGAUGGAUCGGAUAUGUUGUUUCGGCCAUGAAAGGGUCGGUAGAAUAUUGGAAUUGGCCAUUUAAUUCCAUCCCAAUUGUCACUACAUCUGCUGAACUAUUAGGUCUUUCAGUAAUUUUAUACCAAGCCCAAGUUGUAUAUAUAGGGCAUAAACCAACUCUUCCUCGAAUUCAUGAGAAGAGAACAGCCCUUGUUUGA